AUUAAACGACUUGAUUCGCGAAUCUACCAACGCAAACCAAAGAUAAUACACGUAGAACGGGAUAUUAUCGAUAAGUCUUUUGAUCGUUUGCUAAAAUAUUACUCGAUACCGGUUAGAAUGUUCAGAUAAUGAUAUCUUCAUUCCCGUCGUACGAUGAAGAGCUUCUGAACAGCGCCUACGCGAACAUAAGUCUAAUCGCUGACAAAGCCUGGACCUUCGACAAGGAGGAUCCGUUUCAAAAAUUGAAUCAAUCUCUGUCGAUUCAGAAUUACAAAUUGACCGCAAAGUACAAAGAGAAUGGUACCGUCCAUCGAACGAAAAGCGUUCGCGAUGUUAUUCCUAACUCGCGUUUGGCCAGCUAUGGCAAUUACGAGUACAACGAAGACCGCGAGAACCUGUACAAAUCAGACAAUUCGGCUCCUGUUUCGCUACCAAAUUUCUGCUGGACGGAAGUUACCGAGCCGUGGAUGCUACCGGAGGUGGAGAAGCACUUCGCCUGGUUAACAUCGAGUGGGCCGCGUACGAAUCGUGAAUUGUUAGCUUUUACACUUAAACGUUACCAAAUGAUUCGCUGUGAUCCAAUACUCGAUCGUUCUGUGUUAACGUUCGCGCGGAAGAUCGAUGCUGCAAAGCUCGGCAACGAGGAUAUCGGAGCCCGACGACGAAGUAUCGAAGAUCGUAUGCGGCUACAAGUCGCAUUGGGAAGACUGUUCGCACGGUCGACACGCGCAGAGGUUCAGCCAGACGGAGAAGAAAAACAGAACGAACCACGAGUCGAGCAAAGAAGCGAACCUGAUCGGAUUGUCGCUAAUUUAAAAAACGAUGUCUGUCAAGAAUCAGAUGCUACGGAAAAAUCGGACAGUUAUUACGAGUAUCAACGUUACACCAUCGAAAAUUCAAUGGAGAUGCAGCUGCACAUUCGCGUAACUAGCGACGCGGUUCGAAGCUUAUGGAAAGCGGGCGGCAGCAACGUUCAUCAACAAUUCCUUCAACAGAGAAUGCGUUUGCAGUAUUACAAGCUACAACAAUCUCGAGAGCAGAAUUGUCAGGGCAAGCAACAAUUCUAUUACGCGGUUCAAUAUCGACCACUGAUACUUAGGACAGAGUGUCAAACGGUAAGGACGGAAACUUAUGGAACGAGGAAACAUCCGCCGCCGAUUCUCAGCCCGGAAGUGCCGGAAUUUUUCCCUAAAGUUCCGGUAACUCGGUUCAACAGCAACAAGGAACAGAACGUUAAUCGUAUACAAUAUUUUCCAUCCCUUAACGAGCGAAGUUAUCAAAACGAAUUGUUUCCUUACAACAGGACCUACGAAAAUACCGCAACUAUAUACCAGAGUACGGGUAUACCUCUGCUGUCGGCUACCGACACGAGCACGUUUAUCAGACCUCCUCAACAAUGGUAUCAGAGGAUUCCACCGCAACCGACGCAAAUACAAAUAUCCGGCUCUUCGUCGAGCCCAAUGUGCACCUCCGUGCAACCACUGCGAACUGCUACCAUUACUCAUCAUCCCGUACAGAAGGUAAUAAUAUUACAGGUGCAAGAGAAGUUUUUACAAUCGAAUCCUAUACCGAUACCGGUGUAUCAGCAUCCGAUAGAACUUUAUCACGAAGCGGGACAAAAGAGGAAAAACCAAGGCGUUGAUUUCAAGAAUUUGAUACUAUUGACGAGGAACGCGAUGAAGACGCACCGCGGGCAAUCGAAAAGCUCGCAACACAAAGCAUCUUAUCUGAUGGAAGGGAAAAAUCGAGGUUGCAAAUCAGAAUCGGAAGUCCUUCAAUGGCUGGAUAAAAGUUGUUCGUCGAAAACGAAGGAACUCGCUGGCGGCAACACUCUGGUAACGGAAUUGAGGAAUUUCGAGGGGAGAAGCGACAGAAAGACUUCGAUUAGCAAAAGAGAGAAGGACAGCGCGAGAAUCGGCGAACGAAUAAAACCAGAAGUACAAGGGUUGAAGGCAAAGUCGAUCGGCGAAAGGGACAAAAAUGAUACACGAAACAGAAGAAGACUUUACAGAGACGUGUUAACCAAUGCCUCCGCUAACCAAGCCACCUUGGAGAACGUGUUCGAGAAAAGAUACGACGAAUUAGAGCAGCAAGCAAUGGAGCAAUAUAGAACGUCCGAGGAAUCAUUGGCGCUUAAAUAUCAAGAGCUCGAGAGACAGGCGAUGGAACAAUACAAGUGUUGCGGAGGAAACGUACAGGAGGAAGCAGGAGUUUCGCGUGCGCUGAUGAACGAUAAAGAUGCCUGCGAGAGUUUUAAACAAAAUUUUAGAGAAGAAAAUUGCUACGAUGGGGAGAAAUGUUCCGGUUUUGGACGAUGCAGUCCAAUGCAUACAGACGAGAAGAAAGAAGGUUCAAUGAUUUUUCUUGUUAAUUUGAUAUUGACAAAACGAUACAUCAAAAGGAACGUAAAAUAG